AUGGAUCUACUGGUCUCUUUGCGUUUCAGAAUGGAUAAAUCCUGGAUGAGUACUGAUAGAACGAAGAAACGUUAUAGAGAAGGAGUUGCGGCGUUUCUGCGGUAUGCUGUCAACCAUCUCAAGGAGGAGGGUGAGACAUAUGAUGAAUUUCUUAUGUUGUGUCCGUGUACAAAUUGUUUAAAUCUCUGUGCAUGCUCCGUUGGCGACGUAGAAGAUCAUUUAUUCGUAAAUGGAAUCGAUCAAACGUAUACUAUUUGGAAUAAGCAUGGGGAAAAGGAUGAGGCAAUAACUAGUAGUAAGCCAGUUAACGUCAACAAUGGUAUGCACGCUGAAUUUGAAAUGGGAACUCCCACUGAUGCUCCAGACGAAGAUUUUGGAAUGGGAACUCCCACUGAUGCUCCAGACACUAUAGAUAUGAUGCAGGCUGCAGAAGAGUUCGCAGAUGACCCUAUAAAGUUUAAAAAGUUACUUGAAAAUGCUGAAAAGCCCUUAUACGAAGGAUGUCCCAACUUCACAAAGUUGUCUGCAAUUGUGCAGUUGUUUAAGUUGAAGAGUAAGCACGGUGCAUCAGACAUGUUUUUUAAUGAAUUGUUACCCUUGUUAAAGGACAUGCUUCCCAAAGAAGGGUACACAAAGAUACAUGCAUGUAUCAACAACUGCAUUCUUUAUUGGAAUGAGUACAAGGAUGAAAAAGUGUGUCCUACUUGUAAAGCACCCAGAUGGAAAGUUGACAGGGAUGGUAAAGUUUACGAGAAUGUUCCAGCAAAGGUAUUGUGGUACUUCGACAUCAUCCCAAGAUUUCAGCGGCUGUUUCAAUCGAAGCACACAGCAAAAGAUUUGAUAUGGCACGAUACCACUAGAAACAAAGACGGUGUUUUACGUCAUCCGGCAGACUCACAUGCUUGGAGAGAGAUAGAUAACAAUUUCCCAGAAAUUAAAGGUGAUCCAAGAAAUCUGCGGUUAGCUGUUUCGGCUGAUGGAGUUGAUGUAAACACAGGCACCAAACAUCACAGUGGAAAGAGAACAUGGGAUGCAUAUGCCCAAGAAAUGUUUACUCUACGUGCAGUUGUUUUGUGGACGAUAAACGAUUAUCCUGCUCUUGGUACACUAUGUGGUUGUCGCUACGCUGGAUAUCAUGGUUGUGUGGUGUGUCGUAAAAAAACGCACAGUAUUAGGCUUCAUGACUCAAACAAGAAUGUUUAUGUUGGUUAUAGAAGAUUUUUACCCUAUGAGCAUCCGUUCAGAAGGCAGAAGGGGGCAUUUGGCGGAAAACAAGAGUGGGAGACUGCUCCAGAACCAAUGACCGGGGAAGAAAUAUAUGAGGAGAAUGUGGGACAAAGUCUUGUUGGAACGUUGCUGCACAACGGGAAUACAAAAGAUGGAUUAAACGCCAGAAAGGAUUUGGUGCGUUUGGGGUUAAAAUCGGAGUUACACCCUAAGACAGAUGACAAAGGAACGAUACUUCCCGCAGCAUGUUAUACAUUAACUACGGAAGAAAAAGACAUAUUCUUGGAGACACUAUCCGAGUUAAGAGUUCCAGAAGGAUCAAUAUCUGCCAAAGAAAUCAUGGUGGAAGAGCUAGAUAAAUUGCAAGAGGAUCUCUGUGUGACGUUAUGCUUACUAGAGAAGGAAGUGAAGUUAUGCGGUCCGGUUUGCUUUCGAUGGAUGUAUCCUUUCGAAAGGUGUAUGAAGGUUAUAAAGGGGCAUGUGCGAAACAAGAAUCAACCUUGUGGAUGCAUUGCCGAAGAGAAUGUUGCAGAAGAGACGAUUGAGAUAUAUUGUGAGUACCAUAAAAGCAUCAGGACAAUUGGUAUUCCACUAGAUAGGCAUAAUACAUCUCAGGAGGGAGAACCGUUAUCAGCUGAAGAGCCGUGUAUAGUUACCCCUGAACAGUUGAGACAAGCACAUUUCUAUGUAAUGCAGAACACGCCUGAAAUUGAGCCUUACAUAGACCGACACAAGCUAUAUUUGGAAACUAACUAUUCUACUAAAAAGCGAGCAUGGCUAGAGAAAGAGCACUCUAACACUUUUGGCGCUUGGUUAAAAAAUGAGGUUGAAAAAGAGUUGGCAGACGACAGAGAAAGUAUCUCAGAGAACUUAAGAUGGAUAUCACACGGCCCGCACUACGAGGUAACGAAAUACACUGUAUAUCGCAUCAAUGGAUAUCUAUUCCGCACAAGAUCCCGUGAUGGUAGAAUUCACCAGAAUAGUGGGGUUAGCGUUGCAGCAAAUGACAUGCACAUAUCUAGAGAUGAUGAUGUUACAUAUGGUAAAGCCUCUUAUUAUGGUGUCUUGCAAGAGAUAUGGGAGUUAGAUUACUGUGAAAGAAAAGUUCAUCUGUUCAAGUGCAAUUGGGUUGAUAAUAAACGUGGGGUCAAAAGAGAUGCUCUUGGCUACAAGAUUGUUGACCUUACUAUGUUGGGAUACAAAAAUGAUCCUUUUAUUUUAGCCUCACAAGCUAAGCAGGUAUUUUAUGUCAAAGACCAGUUAGAUAAGAAAAAGUCUAUUGUUUUUGUGACACCUCCCAAAAAUUAUAGAGAUGACGAUGGCAACGAUGAGGAAUUCAGUACAGUAAUCUUUUCUGCGAAUGAUAAUAUCUUGCCGUCUGUAGAUCCACAAGACUUGGGUAAAGAAUCCCGAAAUGAUUACUUCCGAACUGACUGCCGAGGUUUACUUAUACGCAAGCCAAAAUGA